GCAGAUGUGAUGAUGCGUGAACUCAGAGCGGCUCAGUAUUUGAACAGCAGCAACAUGUGGAGGAGAAGCGCUCAAGUUUCCUGACGCGCUCGCGACCAGAUCGACAAUCAGAACAAAGCGGCGCAAGUGGACGCCAAAUCAUGACGCUUGUCUGUGUUUGAACAAUGUGUGGAUUAUUGUUGUUGUGACUAAUAUGAGUGGCCAUGGCUUGGUGUGACCGUGGGAUACAGGUGCUGCUGGCCACCGUCGGGGCUUUUGUGGCGUUUAGUUUGAUGAGCAUCGCGAUCGGGACCGACUAUUGGCUUUAUUCUCGGGCUUAUAUCUGUAAUGCCACCAACAUCACCACGGACGAGACGCAGACGCAACCCAAGAAGGUCCACGGAGAUCUCACGCACUCCGGGCUGUGGAGGAUCUGCUGUAUAGAAGGUCUCAACAAAGGAAGUUGUUACCGAAUCAAUCAUUUCCCAGAUGAUAAUGAUUAUGACACAGACAGCUCUGAGUAUCUCUUACGUAUCGUACGUGCCUCCAGUGUAUUUCCCAUCCUCAGUACAAUUCUGCUGUUGCUGGGGGGGCUGUGUGUGGGGGUGGGACGUAUCUACGGCAAAAGGAACAACAUAUUACUCAGCGCAGGAAUACUGUUUGUUGCAGCAGGUCUGAGCAACAUCAUCGGCAUAAUUGUCUACAUCUCCAGCAAUGCCGGUGACCCCAGCGACAAGCGAGACGAAGACAAGAAGAACCAGUAUAACUACGGCUGGUCCUUCUAUUUCGGAGCGCUUUCAUUCAUCGUGGCUGAGGCGGUAGCUGUUCUGGCCAUCAGUAUCUACAUUGAGAAGAACAAAGAAGUACGCUUCAAAGCACGCCGUGAGUUCAUCAAGUCUACCUCUUCAUCUUCACCUUAUUCCCACAUGCCCAGUUUCCGUUACCGUCGACGGCACUCACGCUCCAGCUCUCGCUCCACAGAAGCAUCCCGUGAGGCAUCACCUGUGGGCAUGAAGAUAAUGAGCUCAGUGCCUUUAGGAGAGAUCAACAUGUACACAUUGACAAGAGACCCCCUCAAGUCAGGGACAGACAGCUCUUACAGCCCUGACCACAAUUCUGGAUUCCUCCAAGUGCACAACUGCUUUCCCAAAGACUUUAAUGAUAGUAUCAACAGGAGGACAACACCUGUAUGA